AUGAACGUCAUCCAGAAUCUGCUGUCGGCGGUGUCGCCGCAGCCGGACGGCGACUUUGUCGACAAGCUCAACUAUUGUGCAACGACCGUCGGGCUCGUGCUCUCAUCGGCUUUUAUCACCGGAUGGAGGUGAGUCCCCUGCCAGCUCAUUCCUCCAAUAAUCAAUUCGAAUUUAGCUUCGUCGGCAGCCCAAUCGACUGCUGGUUCCCGGCGUACUACAAAGGCUGGUGGGCUGAAUACGCAUUAGACUACUGCUACGUGCAGAAUACGUUCUUUGUCCCGUUCGCAGAGGACAAAGCGGAGCGUUCGUUCAACUGGGAGCAUCUGGUCGCUGAUCAUCACAACACGACUACUCUGAAACAGACUAAUCAGAUCGGCUACUACCAGUGGGUGCCGUUCAUUCUCGCUCUUCAAGCCAUUCUUUUCUACUUCCCAGUCGUCAUCUGGAGACUAUUCUACGGAAUGGCGGGUGAGUUGAUCCGUGACUCAUCCUCAAUCUAAACUGAAUGUUGCAGGCCAGAACGUCACUUCUCUCUGCAACACUUGCACUGCGACCGAGGGAAACGAGGAGUCGCGGAAACAGACCAUCUCGACGAUUGCCGGGUACAUCAGCCAGAAGAGAAGCAGGAACUUGCACUUCACCACGAAAUACCAGGGAACCUUCAACAGAUCCGCCGUUCUCAUGUCCUACCUCGUAAGUCUUUCUAGUCUUUCUAAUUCGAACACUUUUCCAUUCCAGUUCAUGAAAGUGAUGUUCCUGAUCAAUGUGCUCCUCCAAUUUGUACUUCUCAAGCGAAUGCUCGGAGUCGACUCGUACUUCUGGGGAGCCGAAGUGACCGGUGAUCUGUGGGCGGGACGCGAAUGGCCAGAGACCGGAAACUUCCCAAGAGUUACAAUGUGCGAGUACGAAGUGCGCAAUCUGGAUAACAUCCACAAACACGCGGUGCAGUGCGUGCUCAUGAUCAACAUGUUCAACGAGAAGAUCUUCGUCGCCCUCUGGUGGUGGCUCUCCGUGCUGACCGUCGUCACUCUCACCAACACCAUCUACUGGUUCAUCAGAGCGUCCGGCACCAGUGUCUCGAAGAAGUUCAUCCAGCCGUACGUCGAGGACGUGAGUGCCCUUUUCCGCCGUCCGACUGAUUGGAUAUCUCGUUUCAGAUUGAUCCGAAAGUGAAGAACAACCGCGGGAAGCUGCAGCAGUUUGUGUCCGAAUUCCUCUCUCCCGACACCGUCUUCCUCCUCCGACUCAUCGAAUUGAACAACGGAAAGACGCCGGUCGUCGAGCUGAUUCGGGACAUGUGGAAGCGGUUCAACACGGCCGUCCCGCCCCCGUACUCGGCGCCUCCGCUGCUUGUCAAGGACGCCGCGCCGCUGCUGAAAAACUUCCAGGACGAGUCCGAAAUGUAA